AUGGCCAACACGCUGGUUCCGGGUGCGUCCAAACCCCUCCAACGGGAGGGCAGCAUUGGCUCCAGCGAUGACUUUGGCGUCUACGAGGAUGCCGCAACCUACUACGCCGACAAUAAAACCUCUGAUCGAUUCCACAAGAGACAUAGAACGUUUUCCACCGGUGGUGCCGUUCAUGAGAUGGAGCGCCUGGGAUUGCACAACCAACAUCGACGUGGAAGCCAUGACGAGUCUAGCAGACCGCACUCGCGCCAGUUUCUCAUCGAUGUAGACCACACCAUCGAGAGUCUGGCUGCGCAAGAGGAUACCGAUGGCAACAUGCAGAUCACCAUCGAAGACGUUGGUCCAAAGGUACUGUCCCUACGAACAGCGGCAUCGGGCGGCCACAAUCGAUUCGACAUCAGAGGGACAUACAUGCUUUCAAACCUCCUACAAGAGCUAUCCAUGGCCAAGGAAUUUGGCCGGAAGCGAAUCAUUCUCGACAUUGGUCGCCUCAACGAGAAUCCUGUCAGCAGAUUGUCUCGGCUUAUCAGGGACCAAUUUUGGGACGGCCUGACCCGUCGAAUCGACGGCUCCAGUAUCGAGGUUGCAGCAAAAGAUUCCAAGGACUGGACAGCUGAUCCGCGACCUCGUAUCUACGUACCAAGGGGAGCCCCUGAACAGUACGAAUACUACCAGAAGGUAGCCCUCGAACAUCCGCAAUUACGACUGGACGUCCAGCUUUUGCCUGAGACCAUCACCGCUGAAGUGGUUAGAGACCUGAACGACAACCCUGGACCUGGCCUCCUGGCCGUUGCUAUGGAAGAUUAUGUCGACCCCAAGACGGGAGAAAAGACGCUUCGAGGACUGCCUUUCGUGGUUCCUGGAGGUCGGUUCAACGAGUUGUACGGCUGGGAUAGCUACAUGGAGUCGCUAGGGCUUUUAGUUAACGACAAAACACACCUAGCCAAGUCCAUGGUCCAGAACUUCUGUUUCAGCAUCCGUCAUUAUGGCAAGAUCCUCAACGCGACUAGAUCAUACUACCUUACUAGAUCACAGCCGCCCUUUCUGACCGACAUGGCACUACGAGUAUACGAAAAGAUUCAACACGAGCCGGGCGCCAAGGAUUUCCUUCGAGAAGCCAUGUACGCUGCAAUCAAGGAGUACUACACGGUUUGGAUGUGCGAACCCCGUCUGGACCCCAAGACGGGGCUCUCCAGAUACCGACCAGACGGGCUUGGUGUACCGCCAGAGACAGAGGCAUCCCACUUUGUGCAUAUCCUCGAGCCUUACGCGCAGAAGCACAACAUGACCUUCGAGGAGUUCGUCAAGGCCUACAAUCAUGGCCAAGUACAGGAGCCUGACCUGGACGAGUACUUCCUGCAUGACCGGGCCGUGCGUGAGUCGGGACAUGAUACGUCGUACCGACUCGAAAGGGUCUGCGCGAACCUCGCCACCAUCGACCUGAACUCGCUAAUCUACAAGUACGAGAUGGACAUUGCCCGCACCAUCCGCAACGUCUUUGGCGACAAGUUCCAGAUGCCCGCAGAGUGGUGUAGCGGGUCCAUGACGCCAGGUCAGGUUGAGACUUCAGCCAUCUGGGAUCGCCGCUGGAAACGACGCCGGGCUGCAAUCCAUAGGUACUGCUGGAAUGAGGAGGAGGGAAUGUACUUUGACUACGACACAGUCAAACAGGAGCGUUGCACGUAUGAAACGUGCACCACUUUCUGGCCACUCUGGGCUGGUGUGCCGGACCCGGACAAAGCAGCCAAGGUGGUCAGAAAUGCCAUACCCAAAUUUGAGGCGUAUGGCGGCCUCGUAUCCGGAACGGAGCGGUCUCGCGGCGAAGUCACCCUGGAGCGACCGAACCGACAGUGGGACUAUCCUUAUGGAUGGGCACCACAGCAGAUGCUGGCCUGGACUGGUCUCUACCGUUAUGGCUACGCAGAUCUGGCGCAGAAGUUUGCAUACAAGUGGCUGUUCAUGAUCACGAAAGCCUUCUUUGACUUCAAUGGCGUUGUUGUGGAGAAGUACGAUGUGACCCGUCCCGUCGACCCUCAUCGUGUCGACGCCGAGUACGGUAACCAGGGACUUGACUUCAAGGGCGUUGCCAAGGAAGGGUUUGGCUGGGUCAAUGCCAGCUACGUCUACGGCCUCCAGUUCAUCAACACGGAGAUGAAGAGAGCACUGGGGACGCUCACUCCCUAUGAGACGUACGAGAAGGCUCAGCAGGCAAGGGAGGCGAAGUUCCUCAACGACUUGGGGUGA